AUGGAGUCCGCCAGACACAUGCAGGAUCACUGGGAUGUGUACCAAAAGGGGGCGGAUCAGCUAACACGAGAUCUCUUCUCGCUCUUCAGCAAAGUUCCGGAGAGCUUCAAGAAGCAGUACCAGGAGGUGAGCGCCGACACCGUGAAAUCCGCGCAAGAUCUUUUCUACUCGCUUCUAGGUAACAUCGUGAACAACGUCAGCUCCCUGAUUCUGGGCGUGCUGCUGACGAUGCUGUACACGCUCUUUUGGCUGUGCAGCCCGGUACCCAUGGACUCAUCUGUGGACGUCAUGUUUCGAAAGUACAUCAUGUUCAAGACCCUCGCAUGCUUCGGCUACGGGAUCUCGGCAGGGCUUCUUCUCUACUUCCUCUCAGUGGAUCUCGCGUCGGUUUUCGCGCUGACGACCUUCGCAUUGAAUUUCGUACCCGAGGUAGGCCCCUUCAUUGCCAUGGUCUUACCAUGCCCUGUCAUUAUUCUUGACAGCCGCAUCGAGCGGCCAAUGCUGGUGCUUUUCGUGGCCAUUAUUGGGCAGCUGGCCCUGAAGUUUGCCUUCAGCAACAUCAUUGAGGUGAAGCUUAUUGAGAGCGACAAGAAGCUCCGAAUGCAUCCAGUCAUGAUCCUCUUGUCAGUCGGCGUCUUCGGAUAUUUGUGGGGGCCCACUGGCAUGCUGCUCAGUGUGCCUUUGAUGGCACUCAUGAAGAUUGCGCUCUUCUCUGAGCUGGUGCCCUCCUCCUACCGUGAUCCCAUCCUCGUGAUCCUCGAGGGCGACCGGAACGCGCCGCGAAAGCACGGCCUGAAGGCCUUGCCUCGGAUAACUGAUGCAAGAUGGCCCGAGAGGGUUUAG